CAAACAACGAGACAAGACGAAGACGAAGAAGAAGAGUGGAGGACAGCAAAAUGUGUUCUUUUUGUGCUUUCGAGGUGCAGGAGUAGAGAUUCGCAUGCAGGCGGGUGCUGUUGUACGUUUGUUUUAGCGUGCACAUAUCAAAAGAGGCUCUGACGCCGGUGCUCUUGUGGUGCUUUCCCCCCAUACCCCUGAACCAUGAUGCAGAGGAGAAGAGCCCUCACUAUUCCAUUUGUAGUUGACAAAGAUAACUUGAUGGAAGACCCCCUCAAAAUCCCAAUGACGCGUCUUCCAUCAGAGUGUGGAAAGUUAGCACAGGUACAGCAGGUUUCCUGGACCGCGUUUGCCGGUUGCCAAAUAAGAUCUCAUCAUUCCCAGCAGAAAAACGGAUCCACGGUGUUUCAUAACAGUCGUGCGACAAUGAUCAUGGCCAGGAGGAAGCCACUGUUGAUCCUGACAGAUGUCUUAAAGACAGACAUGGGUAAAGCGCACAUGGAAAGGAUCAAGAAGAGUCUGAGGAAACAACUGUCUGGUCCUCAGAAGGCCAGCAGGCCAAACAGAGAGCAGCCAGCGACCUGCAGAGAGAAGUCCAGUCAGAGGGAAACCAGGAAUAACGGGAGUUCAAGUCUUAAAAGCAACCAGAAGACGACGCCAUCCUCAUCUCAAAGGUCAAAUUCCAGAAGAAAACUUCCAAAUGUUGAGGACAAUGAAGACCCCCACGACAUUAAAGAGUUGAUCAUUGGGAAGGACGGCUCUUUUUCUGAGGUCGUAGACUAUGGACUGUCUUUGAGUUGGAAACCCAACAAGGAGGCAGGAGAUUGUGAUGAGCUGUCCUCGGCUCACAUCAAGGUCAGACGGACGAACCCAGAAAAAGAUUCACCACAGAGACUGAAGCGUAAAAGUCUGGAGACCAAAGCUCAGUGUAAUGGAGUACGCAACUCCAAGCGCCACCGCCUGCUCAGCCCCACUGAGGAGAACCGGGGGGAGGGCGAGUCGUCCCCCGUGUCUGUCGGCCAGGACAAAAUCGAGGAGGAUUCAGAUUUGGACAGCUGCAUCAUGAAGUUCACGGUCGGAGGCGACGGACAGAGGCAAACUCUGGUUCCAUUUAUGGAAGCCAGUUUGAGAGACAAAGACACGGCAGGCAGCCAUGGAAGAAGAUCUUCAGGGAGGCUGGACGGGUCUCAGACCAGCCCCUUCGAGCCCAUCGUGCUGUCCAGUGAUGACGAGGGCGGCAAUGAAAGUGCAAUAGGUCAUGCGGAGGUCCAUGCCAGGGUUCCAGACGUCCUCCAGAAAGCUGCAUGUGAGGAGCAAGAGGAUCCAGACUCCCAGAUGACUGAAUCAGCUGAAACCACUCAUGGCUCCUUACUGGAAUCUUUUGUCUUUAAUGAGGACUGCGCUGGGAUGAGCGUGGCCUUCUGGAGUCUGUGCUGUGGAGCUUACAGAGGAAAUGCAAACGGAGCGUUCGUGAUAACAGAAGAUCAAGUCAUCAUUCCACUGAAAGAUGCCAGCGGGGAGCGCCACGUGGUGUUGACGUUGGAGCGCAAAGACCUGCGGAGGUACAGCGUUUGGGAACAAUCUGAGCUGGAGGAGCGGGGGCUGCACUUCGUCUGCGACGGCGCCGACUUCCCUGCCGUCCUGCUGAUCUGCGUGUCACAAACCGCCGCCGCUGCUAUCCAGCAGAGCCUUUGCCAGCUCCACAGUGCCGAGGAUGGAGACAUGAAUACUGGAAAGGCCUGUCCUUUUCUUCUCCUGAGUCUCAAAGACCCUCUGUUGGGCAUGGAAGGGGCUCUGCUGCGCUCCAUCUUGGACAUAGACUGCAUCAAGAGUCUGACUCGUCAAAGAAGAAGUAAGAAGACAGAUGAAAGCACAGACUUUGAAGACACCCCGGUUCUGUCCCUGGAUGAAAGCUUAGAACUGAUUCAGAGAAGCGGACUGGACUUGGACUUGCUGCUCACGCAGACCGUCACAAGAAUCAGCCUGGACCUGAACGAUGACCAGAGCAGCUUGCAUUCAGAUGCAGACGAACUCCCAACGGCUCACAUCUGGCUGGACACUGGCUCCCAGAAAGAGUCCGAACCAGAGACGCCACCGGAAGAUGAAGAGGAGGAGGAGGAGGAGGAGGUGCAGGCAGAACCAAAGGAGGACAUGAAGGAGGAGGAGGAGGAGGAGCUCCAGAGUCCCCCUGACGACUGCAAGAAGGACGCCGCUCCUGCGUACACGCUUCGCCAUCAAAGAACCAAGGGGUCGUAUUCUGUGUCUCUGUGUAAGCCCAGCUCCAACUGGAUCCCUUAUAAGCAUCAGGGCGUGGCCCGCAGGUUAAUCCAGUUUCCUCCCCCGCCGAUAAAGGGCGGCAUCACCGUCACCAUGGAGGACCUGCAGUGUCUCGACAGCGGAAAGUACCUGAAUGACGUCAUCAUCGACUUUUACCUCAAAUACCUGCUCCUGAACACGCCCAGCGCUCUGAGCGAGCGCUGCCACGUCUUCAGCAGCUUCUUCUACAAGCAGCUGACGCGCAGAGACAACGCCAGCGAGGGAACCAACAGCGACGCCUGUCAGAGACAGCGGCGCCAUCAGCGGGUGAAGACUUGGACACGCCAUGUGGACAUCUUUGAAAAGGAUUUCCUGUUCGUACCCGUCAACCAGGAAGCUCAUUGGUAUUUAGUCAUCAUCUGCUUUCCUGGACUGGAUGAGCCGAAAGUGGAGUCCUGGACAGCAGGGUCCCCCAGUGAGGAGACGGUUGGGAGAUCUGAAGCAGACGCUGAGAUGAUCUGCAGCAACAGCGUGGAGGCAGAAGCUGAAAAUGUUCCAAAGGAUCCCAGCAAAGACUCACCAACUUCUCCAGUAAGCUGCACAGAGCAGACGUGCUGCAGACAGACAGUCCAGAGGAGGCCCUGCAUUCUCCUCAUGGAUUCUCUCAAAAUUUCUCUUCACGAGAGAGUCGUCAAACUUCUCAGAGACUAUUUGCAGUCGGAGUGGGAGGUCCGUCGCGGCUCACUGAGAGAUUUUGGUCCUGACCAGAUGAAAAGCUCAAACUGCAAAGUUCCUCUUCAGGAUAACAGCAGCGACUGCGGCCUUUACCUGCUUCAAUACGUGGAGUGUUUUCUGAAGGACCCCGUCGUACACUUUGAUCUCCCUCUUCAGCUACAACAGUGGUUCCCAAGGCAACAGGUUCGGAGGAAACGAGAUGAAAUCAGAGAUUUGAUACUGAACCUUUAUCGACAUCAGCAGCUGGAUAAAGAGAAGCCCUGAGUCCGUCACUGUGCUCACACUGAGCAGAAGACAUUUAUUUUGAAGGUUCCUCAACACAAAGCUGCUUCCUGUGGUUCCUAAGAGAGCAGAGGAGCAUCAACCAGCAGGAACUGAAGAAACGACUCAAAGACUGAAUGAAGACUCUUGUAUUUUUAAUCCUGUUUUUAUGUAAGAGUUCAGAGUCUCACUUCAAGCCAGACGGCAAUAAAUGUUCUGGAAAGUCUAGUUCUGUUAAGACAUUUCAUGCUUUUGUUCUCCGUAGCAUUAUCAUUAGCAUUAGCAUUCUCAGGAUCUUCCUUUAAGAUGAUCUUAUAGUGAUAGAGACCCCCCUCCCCUCCCCUCCCCUCCCCUCCUCCAUUUGUUUGUAACACGCCGCUCAGAUUUUGGAGACUCCAAACACGUCACAAACCCAACAUGCAAAUCCAUGAAAUGUUUUUAAACUCUGAAAUCCCAAGCCUUCACAAUUUCAGAUUCACUGAAAAUGGAUUAAAAAAAAGAAAUGCCCAAAAUGUGGUUGGUCUACAAUUGGGAAAAGAUGCUAGCUGGUUUUAUUUAAUGCAGAAGAAAGUAAGCAAUUUUUUUUUUACAAACGACUUUAGAUCCAUCACCAGUGUAGAGACUUCAGACCCUAACUGCUGUCAUAAUAUGUAUAUUUUUUUACUGAGAGAAAUUUUGUAGUUCUUUUGCUUCUAAAUAUGAUGCUAUUUGUACAAAAAUAUUCAUAUUUGCCUUUUUUUUUUAGACAUUGUGUUUGUGUCAAACAGAAGCUUAGUCCAAAAAUGCAUCUCAACUAUUAAAACUUGUAGAAUGUUGUA